AUGGUUUUUUUUGGAUGGGAAAAGACCUAGCAGUCCCUUAGUCUCAACCUAUGUACAAGAGCUUAUCUCUAACAUGCAAGCAAUAAAUUUUACAUUGGAGCACUUCGACUUUCUUAAAACCCCAACCACAACGUCAACCUUAAUAUCACAUGCCGUACCGCCUUUAUUUAGUGCCAACUGGGCUAAGUGGGGUUACAAAACGAUAGGCGACUUCAGGAUUGGGGAUAGAUGGGUGGACGAAGAGGACUUACUUUUGCCUGAAAAUGCCACUAUGAAUGUCAGGAACCAACUUAUAGCCCACUACAGAAGGAUUAGAGUUUUUUUCCAGGCACUGUAUACCGAGCGCGAUGUAAACCGCAGAAAUACUCAUGAAAUUGUACUAAAAUUUAAGUACUUUGGAGGCACCACAUUAACUCUGAAUAAAAGCAACAGAAGAAAGCUACAAAACCUAAUCAUGGCUGAGUACUUUCAAAGGACUUCCGACAAAUGCUUAAGUAAUCACUGGACCGAGAACGAUACUAACUGGUCAUCAUUUUUCAACUGCUGUACAUCUGGUUCAAUGGCAGAAAUUAGCUGGCGGUUUGAGAAAAACAGAUUAGCAGAUCCGACCUAUCUGCUCAAAGCAAACAUCAGGGUUACUGAGAACUGCCAGCCAAAGAAAUUUGGGGCCUUGUUAUCGCAUGGGCAAGUAACAUCUGGCAAGGUAGAAGACUAUCACUAGUUGACGCGUUAUGUGGAGUAAAAGAGAACAACCGCAGUGAUAUUUUAAUCAAUUUUCUGACUAAUUCUGCAAAGUUUUAUAUAUAUGUUCAAUUAAUCACCGCCAUGAAAAACGACACGCAUCCAACGUCCCUUCGGGAUGGCUACCUAAAGGGCAUUAAAAGCAAAAUCUUAAUAACUUUCUCGUGGCAUAAAGGCAUGAAUAAAAUGGACAGUUUUAAAGAUCAGUGGUGCAUUGGCGAAGUGCUUUGCAGUGUUAAUCGGGGCGGAGAGUUAAAGUGGGGCGGAGUGUUGGAUUUGUAAACACGUAAAUAGUAACGUUCUGUAUGUAGGGAAAAAAAAUUUUUAGGUUAGG